UUUGUACACAGGCUUCUUUGAUGUUAGAAGCUUUACAGUUCUCUCUACUGACAGCACUAAUACCAGUUUCAUGUGUGAGUUUGUACAUGGGUCACAAGCAAUUGGAUGUUACAUUGUCAUGCAUGAAACAUCAAUUGGACUAUACUACAUAACUACUGUUUUAAGAGAACUCAGAAUAGGAUCAAUAUCAGGGACUGUUGAGCCUGGUCAAUACAGUAUCAGUGUCUAUGAUAUCAAUAGUGAUGGAUCUGUUCAUUUAUAUACACCUGCAGCUUCUACUUCAGUCAUUGUUACUGAGUCAUUGCCUACAAUUGAAUAUACUUUCAGUUCUAGUAUUCCUUUAUUCUCAAUAAACCAGUCAACAACAGUGAAUUUACAAUCUCCUACUGUUUCCAGUUGUUCAUCAACUUUACUUACAACAACUGGAAGUGUUACGCUGGGAUUGUCACUUAUAAUUUGUUCUGUGUCUCUUUCUGUUCAUCUAUUUAUUGUAAUCUGGUGCAGAAAAAAAGGUAACACAAGGAGAACUCAAGAAGAGAAAAAUCCUUCCCCUCCUGCCCAAUAUGAAAACAUUGAGAUGAUAACUGGUACUAAUCCUAAUGUCUAUAACAUACCAACCAAUGAAUGCUCUGCAUAUGGAGUUGUGAUACAAGACACUGAAAACCUGUAGCAAUAAUUGUGUGUACUAAUUUUAGUGAAUUUUAGAUAAGAAUCAUUAAACUGCUAGACAAGUUAAUAACAUCAUUACUAAUAUAUGUAAUAAUGUCAUUAAUAAUUCUGCAAUCAGUUAUGUGGCACAAUAUACCAAUAAUUAAUUAAUACAUAAUACUGAAUAACAAUGAUGAUAGCAUAACAAUUAGCAAACAUGAUGUACUUUAGAGAAUAAAUUAGUUUUUCUUGUGAUAAUAAA